AUGUACGAUUCUGAAGAAGACGGCGAUCGACGAAAUCGCGAUAAAUUCUCACGUGAAAGAGAUAGUCGACGUGAUGAUGACAGCAGUGAGUCAGACAAUGGCGAUACUAAGGACGAUUACUCAGGGCCAAUGCUUAGUUUUAAGAAAUUUUUAAUGACACAGGAUGAUGAUAUAUCCGACUCUGCUGCAUUGGCUGCUUACAAUGAGUAUAAACAGGAAUACAAGCGAAGGGAGCUCCAACGUUUCUUUGAUGCACAUAAAACUGAGGAAUGGUUCCGUCACAAAUACCAUCCAGAUGAGUCAGCUACGAUUAGAGAUGCUCACAUGGCGGAAAUUAAGAAACGAUUGGACAUCUUCAAUGAGCUUAAAUCGAAGGGCUGCUUUGACGAUGUUACUCUGGAUUUGACUCAUGCUCGAGAAAUUAUCAGAAUAAUGGAUACUCUGGUUGUAAAGCUCGAAGGUGGUUCGGAAGAAGAUGUUGAAGCUUUAAAAAAUGAGAAGAUUGAAGAUGAUUCCUUAUUUGAUCUUGGUGAGAAAAAGUCCGACGAGGAUAAUGGAGCCGACAAGGAUGAAGCCCGAGGGUCAGAGAACGAAGCUAAUGAGGAUGGUCAACCUAAGCGUAAGAAGACGUUAUUGCAUAAGACAAGCUCAGUAUUUAUGCGAAAUGUUCCGGCAACAGUCAAAAUCGCUGAUCUUGAGGCUAUAUGCAGUCGUAGUCCUGGGUUCCUGCGAUUGGCUCUUAGUGAACCUCACGCUGAUCGCAACUUUUCACGCCGUGCUUGGGCCACUUAUAAGCGCGAUGUAAACAUUAAGGAGAUUUGCUGGACUUUGAAUCAGACAAAGGUACCUGUUUCGUGA